AUGUCUGCAGGGUACGAGGAAAGUGAGCUGUUGAGUGGAUUCCAGGCACAUUUUGAACAAUUUUCUACCCAGGCACUUCAUGUGGGGCAAGAACCUGAACAGUGGAAGUCUAUGGCAGCGGUGCCUUCAAUAUCUCUGUCUGAUAGUUUGAAACAGAGCACCUCAGACCAACUUGCAGGCAUUAAUUACGACUGCAGUGGAAACCUCAAACUGAAUAGUUUAGAGAAAGCUGUAGCAGCAGUUGAUGGAGCAAAAUACAGUUUAGCAUUUGCGUCUGGCUCUGCAGCUAUGAUGACAAUUGCACAUCUGUUGAAGUCUGGCGAUAACAUCAUUUGCAUGAAAGAUGUACAUGGAGGUGCAAACCAGUAUUUCCGCAGAGUUGCAUCUGAAAUGGGUUUGGAAACCUCAUUUGUUGACUGUACAUCAAUGAAGACACUGAAUGCAGCUAUUAAACCAAACACAAAACUUGUUUGGAUUGAGACUCCUACUAAUCCUAUGAUGAAAGUUAUUGACAUCAAAGCUUGUGCAGAAACUGCACACAAACAUGGAGACAUCAUACUGGUUGUGGAUAACACCUUCAUGACAUCGUAUUUCCAGCGCCCUUUGGCACUGGGUGCUGACAUCUGCACAUGUUCUGCAACAAAAUACGUGAAUGGUCACAGUGAUGUAAUCAUGGGCUUGGCUUCUAUGAAUCGAGAUGGCCUCUAUGAAAGACUCAAAUUCUUGCAAAAUGCUAUUGGUGCAAUUCCAUCUCCAUUUGACUGUUACAUGUGUAACCUUGGCUUGAAGACUAUGGCUCUUCGAAUGGAACAACACUUCAAGAAUGCGUUGGCUGUAGCCCAGUUUUUAGAGGCAGAUCCUCGGGUGGAGAAGGUUAUUUUUCCAGGUCUUCCUUCUCAUCCACAAUAUGAUCUGAUAAAGCAGCAGUGUACUGGGAGUUCGGGCAUGAUGGCUUUCUUGAUUAAAGGAGAUUUGGAAAAUGCCACCACAUUCCUGAAAAACUUAAAACUGUUCACCCUUGCGGAGAGUUUGGGAGGAUAUGAAAGUCUAGUGGAGAAUUCGGCUAUUAUGUCACAUGGUUCUAUUCCAAAGGAGGAGAGAGAUGCCCUGGGGAUAAGUGAUACCCUAAUCCGAUUAUCUGUUGGUUUGGAGGACAUUGUAGACAUUAUCGAGGACCUACAUCAAGCACUAAAGGCUGCACAUCCGAAUGAGAUUAAACCUGCCGAACAAAUUAACCAGUGAGUGUUCCCU